AUGGAUAAGAGUUGGUUAAAUCAGCCUAGAUUUACUACUGCUUAUAAGGAUGGGGUUCGAGAUUUUCUUCAAUUUGCCAUGCGUAAUGCUUUUAGUAAUGGAAAAAUAAUGUGUCCAUGUAUUCGGUGUGUUAAUUGUUCACAACAAACUCUUGAAAUUGUUAGAGAGCACUUAAUUUGUGAUGGUUUUAUGAGGGGAUACACUACUUGGAUAUUAUAUGGGGAGGAGUUACCUUCUAAUAUGGGUGAUACAUCUUGUCCUUUAGAUAUUUCCCAUAGAAAUGAAAUUGAACAUGUUCCCAGUCCUCAUACCUUAAAUCCUCCUAGGUUACGUGAUAAUAUGGUAGAGUUAUUGCAGGAUGCCUUGCGUGAUAAUCUUCCAUCUAUUAAUGACACGCUAAUGGACGCGAAUGUCAUAGAAACUAGCUUAGGAGAUGGCAUUGAGGAGCCCCAAAAUAAUCCAAUUGGUAAUGAGCAAUUAGAUGAAACAUCAAAUAGAGAAACUAGUGAUAUUCAUAAAUUUUUAAAAGAAGUGGAUGCAGAGUUAUAUCCAGGGUGUAAGAACUUUUCUAAACUUUCAUUUCUGAUUCAUUUAUACCACCUAAAAUGCUUGAAUGGAUGGACAAGAAAAUCAUUUGGUAUGCUUCUUGAGUUACUAAUAGAUGCAUUUCCUGAUGGAACAACUUUACCCAAAUCUGUUUAUGAAUCCAAAAAAAUAAUUCAAGCAUUAGGUUUAAAUUACGAGAAAAUCCACUCUUGUGAACAUGAUUGUAUGUUAUUUUGGGGUGAGAAUAAGGAUGAGGAAUCUUGUAAACGGAUAUAUGCUUCUGCUGAAACUGCUAAGGAAAUGAGGUGGCAUGAAGAUGGACGUAAUAAGGAUGGAUUAUUAAGGCAUCCUGCAGAUGGAGAAGCUUGGAAGGCUUUUGAUGCUCGUUAUCCUGAUUUCUCUUCGGAGCCACGUAAUGUGAGGCUUGGUUUGUGUAGUGAUGGUUUUAGUCCUUUUGGAAUAAUGUCCACUAGUCAUAGCACAUGGCCGGUUGUACUAAUUCCUUACAACACUCCACCAUGGAUUUGCAUGAAGCAAUCUUCAUUUAUCUUAUCAAUGAUUAUUCCAAGAAAAAACAGUCCUGGGAAUGAUAUUGAUAUUUAUUUACAGCCUUUGAUUUCUGAAUUAAAAGAAUUAUGGAGUGGUGUCUCAACUUUUGAUUCUUUUAAGAAAGAAAGGUUUUCUUUGCGUGCUGCUUUGAUGUGGACAUUAAAUGAUUUGCCUGCCUUAGCAAUGUUGUCUGGUUGGAGCACUAAAGGAAAAUUUGCAUGUCCUUGUUGUGCUUCGUCCACUAGUUCAAUAUGGCUAAAUAAUAGCAAGAAACAAUGUUACAUGGGUCAUCGUAGGUGGCUACCCGAGGAUCAUAUAUUUCGUAAACAAGCUGAAUUUUUUGAUGCCACUGAUGAGUUACGGGUAGCUCCUAUAAGAGCGAAUGGUAGUGAUGUGUUGAAUCAAUUAGAUAGAAUUCAACAUACAUAUGGCAAGCAAUCAAAAAUGAAAAAGAGGAAGAAAAGGUCUAAUGAAGGAAAUGAUGAUUCAUUAAUAGGGUGGAAGAAGAGAAGCAUUUUUUUUAAUUACCAUAUUGGCAACAUAACUUGCUACGCCACAAUCUAG